UUUAUCUCUUUUAAUGUCACGACAAGAAGAAGAAAACAUUCUCAAUACCAGUUUUUCUGCGUAAUCAGAUCGAUAUGCAAUUGUUUUUUUGCAUCGCGUGCGUCAAAUUUAUUUCUCAUAAAUAAAAGAUGAUCGUCACAUAGCAGAUAAAUCAAGUGCAUCCUGAGUGAAGGGAGUAAAUCUUUAAUUUAUUCCAGAUAGAAACAAUAAGUGUAAAUCUAGUUUUUUUUUUAAUUGUCAAUGUCCGGUGCAUUACUAUAUAAGUGGGGUCAACAUCAAGGACUCCAUGUAAUCAUUGUUGAUAUUCGUCCGGGGUACGCUGUGAAGAUGAAGCUUCUGGUUGCAGUUAUUGUAAUGGUUGCUGUUUUCUGUACAGUAUCAUAUGCAUUUUCCAUCGAUGCUCCUGUCCCAUACGGUUUACAAAGAAGGAUAGUAUCAGGAAUAACAAGAGAGAGAAGAGAAACAAAGUCCCAAGAGCUACCUAGAGAAGCAGAGCGAGAUCUAGAGUUAUCUGAAAGUGCUUACGCCCCAUAUCCAUACUAUCCAUAUUUUUACCCUUAUUCCCACUAUUAUCACUAUCCAUAUGUUCUGGUCGGCAAAUGAAAUAUAUCACAACUAACUAAGUUGUCAUAGCACUGAAUGUUUUUAUGUGUAACUAAUUUAUUAUUUUUUAGAAUAGUUCACUUUAACUCUGACUAAUAAAUCAUUUUCAGGAAAU